AAUAGAGUACAAUAAAAUAGAAGUUGACAUAGACAAGAUAACUAGGGAACAAAAAUAUAUGGGGCUUAAAGGUCCCAUAACAUUAAAUGUUUACUUUAGGAGGUUAUUUAACAUUAAUAUGAGUUCCCCUAGCCUGCCUUUGGUACCUCAGUGGCUAGAAAGGUGUAAACCAAGCCCUGGGUAUUCUUCUCCGCCUUUGAGAAAAUAAAAGCUGAAACGCUCGGUUUUGAAAAUGCUGGUUUUAUGACGCCAUAAGAGUGAAGGUUACCUCCCUUUUCUCUGCUUUGCCCGCACAGAUAAUUUGGCCCACCAAUGAAAAAAUGAGCUACGACCGUGCGAGCGCGAUAUUGGUUUUCCUCGAGACAUCAUGGCUUGCAAACGACCGAAGCAUGGCAGUUAGCCCCCCCCCCCCUCUUUCUUCCUCAUAGAAUUUAAAGCUACAGAAACAGCACGUCCUGAGGAAAGCUCAUUGUGGGACUGCUCGUAGUGGCUGUAAUUCUGCACCAAGGCUGAAUUUCGGGAAAGAAACUUCCGAUACAGUAUUAGGGGACCACUAAGGCCUAUAUAAAAGCAUCCAAAGACAGCAUGUCAUGGGAUCUUUAAGUCAUAGAGGUUAGAACAAUUUUUACACCGGAUUGCCCAAUAUCUUCGUUUGAUCCAACUUUUCAACUGAGGCUGCUAUAGCUUAUCACUAUUCCCUCUUGCAGGGGACAUGAGAAGACAACCGUUUCUUCUGCACUUCACUUUUUGUAUUCUGAAUUGUAAAUGAGCAGCAACAAAUGUAUGCUUUUAAAUCUAUGCAAUCUUCAUAAAUAAUAAGUAUGCAUUUUUAUUAGAGCUGUGAAAAAUAACGCGUUAACACGUUAUGAUUAAAUUACAGGAUUAAUUCGUUAUUUUUGUUUAACGCAUUAACGUAAUAUCCACAAAUCCACCCAAUCUGCACUUGUCGCUGCUCUAAUGCAGUCAGACGGCAGCUGCUAUCCAAACAAACAAACAACAUGGAUAAUUCUGAUGAACCUGAGGACCUUAUGGGAAGUUUGUGUUCCAAAAAACAAAGAUGGAACAUUCAAUAAAACCAAAGUGAUAUGCACACUCUGCGAGAAGACGUUAUUGUUUCACCAAAGCAAUACCAGCCUAAAGUAGCUACCACCUCAACGCGAAGCAUGCGUUGGUCGGCGAGGGGAGUUCAAGUAAUGCGCCACCCUCACUGAACAGCGUAGGGCCCUCACUAAGACUGCCUGUGACAAGUUGACUAGCACAGGUGCCAAAUGGAUUGCAAAAAGCUGUAGACCGAUUAAUAUUGUUGAGGAUGAGGGGUUCACCGAAGUUUUGCGAGUGGCAACGGGGGACUCGAGCAUCAAAGCACCGCAAAGUCAAAGACUCACACUAAUGACAACAAUUUUGAAAAUCGGUAAUAUGUGAUUAAUCAUGAUUAAUCCACAGAAACCUAUGAUUAAUUUGAUUAACAUUUUUUAUCAUUUCACAGCCCUAAUUUUAUAUAAAAUAUACAGAAAUAUCAGUUGUAAAAGUUACAGUUAAUACACGGACCCAUCUGAACACCCUACAAUUUCCCCAGAAAUUGUACCCUCUCUAGUUAUCAAAGCAAACCUCACCCUACCACCUUAACUAACACAUUUUCUGCGGGAAACCCUGAUGAACCUUUUAUUCAAAAAUUAUGGAAACCAUCAUCAUAAAGAAGUCAAGUUUUUUAAAGAUAUAAUUCGCCUUUUAUGGCUUUAUUUGGACAGAGACAGGAAAAAUAUAGGGGAGAGUGAGACAUGCAGAAAUAUCCUGAGCUGGAACCGAACCUGGGCAGCUGGCUGUGGGCCUCAGCCCAUAUGGUACGUGUCCUACCCAGUGAGCUACCGGGGCGCCCCACACAGAAGAAAUUUAGGGAGUUUGGUGUGGAAGUUGGCAGGGUGGCAUACAAGUUACUUUAUAGAAUUUAAACUGUCACUUCCAGUUCAGCAACCCUCAUUGAUUGACUUAACUAAACUUACUGUGAAUGCAGACUGAUUUCGUAUCGUCAAACAGCUACGCCGUAACAGUACAGUUAAGUGACUAAACGAUUUCUUGUUCCGUUGUCCUGUCACAUUAAGAAGGAGAAGCCCUUGGGCGACUGGUAUAAGGGCGAGCCAAUGGACACAUCGUCCUCGUCGGGGACGGCCAGCGAGGAAGAGGAGGGGUCGGGGUCUUCAGGCACGCACAGCUCCCCCACCAGUGCUCAGAGUAAGAAGAAGAUCUUCAAGCCUGCGGAGCUGCGGCAGGCCCUCAUGCCCACCCUGGAGGCUCUGUACCGCCAGGACCCUGAGUCCCUGCCCUUCAGACAGCCUGUGGACCCCAUGCUGCUGGGCAUCCCGGACUACUUUGACAUUGUGAAGACCCCCAUGGACCUGUCCAGCAUCAAGAGGAAGCUGGACACGGGCCAGUACCAGGAGCCCUGGCAGUACGUGGACGACAUCUGGCUCAUGUUCAACAACGCCUGGCUGUACAACCGCAAGACGUCGCACUUCUACAAAUACUGCUCAAAGCUGGCCGAGGUGUUCGAGCAGGAGAUCGACCCCGUCAUGCAGGGCAUGGGCUACUGCUGCGGGCGGAACUAUGAGUUUUCGCCCCAGACCCUGUGCUGCUAUAGCAAACAGCUCUGCUCCAUCUCCAGGGACGGUACCUACUACAGCUACCAGAACAGGAUGAUUUGUAAAGACCAGUUUGAGAAGAAGAAGAACGACAUGUUGGACCCUGAGCCGUUUGUUGAAUGUAAGGACUGUGGAAGGAAGAUGCACCAGAUCUGCGUGCUGCACAAUGAUGUAAUCUGGCCGUCUGGCUUCAUCUGUGACAACUGUCUGAAGAAGUCGGACAAGAUGAGAAAGGAGAACAAGUUUGCAGCCAAGAGGUUGCAGACCACACGGCUGGGUAUGUACAUCGAGGACCGGGUGAACAAGUACCUGAAGAGGCAGAACCACCCGGAGGCGGGGGAGGUGUUCGUGCGGGUGGUGGCCAGCUCCGACAAGACGGUGGAGGUGAAGCCGGGCAUGAGGACCAGGUUUGUGGACUCUGGGGAGAUGAUGGAGAGCUUCCCCUACAGAACCAAAGCACUUUUUGCCUUUGAGGAGAUCGACGGCGUGGACGUGUGUUUCUUCGGCAUGCACGUCCAGGAGUAUGGCUCUGAGUGCUCCUUCCCCAACACCAGGCGGGUGUACAUAUCGUACCUGGACAGUAUCCACUUCUUUAAGCCCCGCGGGUUGAGGACGGCCGUCUACCACGAGAUCCUGAUUGGCUACCUGGAGUAUGUCAAGAAACUGGGGUACGUGACGGGUCACAUCUGGGCGUGUCCCCCCAGCGAGGGUGACGACUACAUCUUCCACUGUCACCCCAUGGACCAGAAGAUCCCAAAGUCCAAACGACUGCAGAAGUGGUGCAAGAAGAUGCUGGACAAGGCCUUAGCUGAGAGGAUCCUGCACGACUACAAGGACAUCUUCAAACAGGCGACGGACGACUGCAUCACCAGUGCCAACGAGCUGCCGUACUUCGAGGGCGACUUCUGGCCCAACGUGCUGGAGGAGAGCAUCAAGGAGCUGGAGCAGGAGGAGGAGGAGCGCAAGAAGGAGGAGCACACAGCCUCCUGUGACACCCCUGAGGGAACCCAGGGCGACACCAAGAACGCCAAGAAGAAGAACAACAAGAAGACCAAUAAGAACAAGAGCAGCGUGAGCCGGGCCAGUAAGAAGAAGCCGGGGAUGCCCAACGUGGCCAAUGACCUCUCCCAGAAGCUGUACGCCACCCUGGAGAAGCACAAGGAGGUGUUCUUCGUCAUCCACCUGCACGCGGGCCCCAGCGUCAACACCCUGCCCCCCAUCAUGGACCCCGACCCCCUGCUGACCUGCGACCUGAUGGACGGCCGCGACGCCUUCCUGACGCUGGCGCGGGACAAGCACUGGGAGUUCAGCUCGCUGCGGCGCUGCAAGUGGAGCUCCAUGUGCAUGCUGGUGGAGCUGCACAACCAGGGCCAGGACCGCUUCGUCUACACCUGCAACGAGUGCAAGCACCACGUGGAGACACGCUGGCACUGCACCGUCUGCGAGGACUUUGACCUCUGCAUCAUCUGCUACAACGCCAAGGGCCACGAGCACCAGAUGGUGAAGUGGGGCCUGGGCCUGGACGACGACAGCAACAGCCAGGGCGGCGAGGCGUCCAAGUCGCCCCAGGAGAGCCGGCGCCUCAGCAUCCAGCGCUGCAUCCAGUCCCUGGUCCACGCCUGCCAGUGCCGCAACACCAAAUGCUCGCUGCCGUCCUGCCCGAAGAUGAAGCGCGUGGUGCAGCACACCAAGGGCUGCAAGCGCAAGACCAACGGUGGCUGCCCCAUCUGCAAGCAGCUGAUCGCCCUGUGCUGCUACCACGCCAAGCACUGCCAGGAGAACAAGUGCCCUGUGCCCUUCUGCCUCAACAUCAAGCACAAGCUGAGGGAGCAGCAGCUGCAGCACCGCCUCCAGCAGGCCCAGAUGCUGAGGAGGAGGAUGGCCAGCAUGCAGGGGGUAGGCCAGCCCCCCCCAGGACCAGGGGGGGACGGGGGACUAAGCCUGGGCUCCCUCGGAAUCGUACCUGGGGGCCAGCCCAGCACCCCCAACUUGAACCCCCCCAGCCAGAUCGACCCCAGUUCCAUAGAGCGGGCCUACGCAGCCCUGGGCCUCACCUACCAGGGCAACCAGAUGCCUCAGCAGCCCCCCCAGGGCAACAUGGCCAACCAGGGCCUGCCUGGCCAGCCUGGCAUGAGGUCCCUCAACACCAUGGGAGGGAACCCCAUGGGAGUGAAUGGUGGGGUGCAGCAGCCCAACCAACAGUCCAACCUGCUCCCAGACGCCAUGCUGCACAACAGCAUGAACUCACAGAGUUUGAUGAAUGACAGUGGGGUGGGCAGUCUGGGCUCCAUGCCCACGGCAACGCCUCCUUCAGCAGCGGGCAUGAGGAAGUCCUGGCAUGAGGACAUCACCCAGGACCUGCGCAACCACCUCGUCCAUAAGCUUGUGCAGGCCAUCUUCCCCACCCCGGACCCGGCUGCGCUGAAGGACCGGCGCAUGGAGAACCUGGUGGCCUACGCCAGGAAGGUGGAGGGGGACAUGUAUGAGUCAGCCAACAGCAGGGAUGAGUACUACCACCUGUUAGCCGAGGAGAUCUAUAAGAUCCAGAAUGAGCUGGAGGAGAAGAGGAGGACUCGGCUGCAGAAGCAGGACAUGAGUUGAUCAGACGCCACUUAUAUGUUUGAUAAUUUCCUGAUAAUUAUCCAUUAGUGUUUUUUCUGCACAAAUCAAUCAUUCAUUUGAACACUAUUCUCAUCCCUCAUAUUGUUCAUAUGACUCAUCAUGGACAUGCUCUCAGUUUGGAACAAAUUAUUUGUGAUGCACUUGUUUUUUGUCAACGGGAGUUCUCCACAUAACAUUACUGACGCUGAGCAUAUUUCCAAGGCCGGGCUUGGGCCGGGUCUGUCGUACUGUUAGAAAUGUGACUCUUGUUCUGACUCUUGCACUGAAAUGUUUUCUGAAUAGUUUUGUACUGUUUCCCAAUCACUGACCCACAAGACACAUCAAAAAAGAAUUCCAUAGAAUUGCAGUUGCCAGUUUAAGCAUUCAUUUAUUUAUGUAGUAUUGAUUUGAGACUUGAUGCACUAAUCAGUUAAUUUGAUAUAUUUUAGGAUUUCCAGGUGUGAUUGGCUACAUAGAUGGCACUUAAAUUCCUAUCACAGCUCCAUCAGUAAAUUAAGGAGAUUAUGUGAAUAGGAAGUGUUGGGAUGAUGUCAUGAUGGCUGGAAAGAUGGACAACAUUUUAAAAGGGUUGACUUGGUUUAUUAGAGUGAGCUUGGAUCAUUUAAACCAGUCCAGGCAAAGUGGUCACAUGAGUGAGGCCAUGAGUUACAGAAGGCCUUAUAUACAAUGCAGUAUAGUGGGUCAAAUAUAGUUUCCAUAUACAUUUUCCUUACAGGGCACAGCAUGUGGUCCGCAUAUUUGUAUUCUUGACAGGUCAUACCUGACAGAACUCAUCAGUGUGUUGCCCAAUACUCUCUACUCUCUGGCUCCUGCCUGUCUCUAGCAAGAGGCCCUGACCAGUAAAUGUAGCACCUAAAUAGUAGCAUUAGCAUUCUAAAUGAAAGAUACUUCACAAUACAGCAACUGCAGCUUCAUACUCCAACCCACAUCAUCAGCAACGUGGAAGUGUCCUGGGUCUGUGAAUGAUUCGCAAAUAUUUUGUGAGUGUACACUGACCGCUAGAUUUGCUCUUGGUGAAUUUCUAUAUAUAUAUAUCCUAUUAUAAUGUAUAUUUUGUUUCCUCCUAUUGCAACUGAAAAUGCAAACUGUAUCCUCGUAUUAUCAUGGGAGAUUUUGAUGGUUACCUGCUUGGUGACAGAGGGUACUGUGGAGAAUAUCCUGUGUACUUACGUUAUUCACCAAUCAAUAGAACUUUCCCUAAUCAAUAGAACUAGUCAUUGGAUACUAGUUAAUAUGUUUGCUACUAACAAGUGUAGAUUGUGUCUAUGUGUCAGGUUGAAUAGAUGUUUGGCGUCAGGAGAAAGUACUGGGUAAACGUCCCUUGUGAUGACUACAAGGAGAGCUCCAACUAUGAUCCCUCUCUGCCCUGAGAGUGGUCAAUAGCGGGGAGCUGUGAAUUUCUUUCUCUUUGAUUGUUGUAACAUCAUUACUGCCUAAUUGUCACUAUCUAUGUUUACAUUCUUGUGCCCUAUAAAAGAUGGUCCUCCAGCCUUCAGAGCUGAGAGAGACAUGAU